AUGCUGCAUCUCGUCUUUUUUGGAAUUUCCGUGGCACUCGUCUUUGUGCCGUUAAUACAGGAGCCCAAGGUUAACGCCAUUGGCAUGGGCUGCAUCGCGCUGUCGGCCAUCGUUUUCUACCCCUUUGUAUAUUUUAAAACGUUACCAAAAUGGUUAGACGCGUUUAAUGAACAAACCACAAAAGUUGCGGAAUUCAUUUUCUCAUCGAGGCGGGAUCUGAAAAAAAUCACCGAUGCUGACGAUAAAAUGGAGGAGCGGAAAACCAAAUUA